CUCAAACUUUUAGGAUUAAAGCCAGGGCCACUAGGCUACUUCAACUCUGCCUACAUGGCCUUCACUCGAGCAGAGGCAGGUAAAUUUCCCAAUCUGGUGUCUUACCGUUCGAAGAUGACAAGAAUAAAAAACAACAUCACUUCGGCAUCAAUUGCUCCCGUGCGAUCUAACACGAGUACAUUCAAGAAGAGCAAAUCCUUUCCCUUUACAACGCUUUCAGGUUCUUGUGAAUCUACCAUAGGAGGGUUUGAGAGGCUUUGUUCAAUUUGUCCGGCUAUAACUGAUCUGGGACCAGACAAGAUUCCCCGCUAUAUUAACGAAGUAUUGUGUGGACAAGAGACCACCUGUGGGGUAGGAGGCAGCGUGUUAGGCCUGUGCCAAAACUCUACUGUGACUCAGUCUUUCUUAAUGAAAGUUGGAUCAAGUUGGGAGGUUUAUUCACAGGAAAUAAAAGUGUGCUGCGAAUGUGCACUGUUCUUUUCAUGAACAUAAUGUAGUGUUAGUAAAAUAAACGUCAGUCUUUAUUUCUCAGGCUGUAAUCAACUUAUAUAAGGUGUAAUAGUAAAGGUACUGAAGAGUUCCGGCUUCGGCUGAUAACACGUACCGAGAUUAUUCCGGAUAUCACAAAAAUAUAAUCCAAUAACUGUCUUAAUAUACAGAUUUAGCCAGGGCUAAAAGCGAAGCUCCCAUUAAUAAAUUUGUAAUUUAAAUCAAACAAUAAACUUGUAACCCACAAAUCAGUUAACUUAAGGGCACAAAUGUGACUAUUUAGGGAAAGCUAAGGCUAAGCGAUUUUAGAGUGAAAAAAAAUCUUACAUCGAAUUGCUAGCCGUAUAUGUACACCCAAAAAAUAGCAAUCAUCUUCGAUCACAUUUUAGGAGCCAUAAUGGCUCGAGAAUUGAAUCAGAUAUACCAUUCUGCGCGUGCGUAUGCCCUUAUGCUUAUGCUUAUGCGCUAGUGAAAACCUGGCAUAACGAACACUACGUUGUGUGAACUUCAUAUGGUGUCCAAGAGGUUCAGGUCGAUGGGAUCUAACGCUGACCGCAAGCAACCGCUGGAGGCGGUUAGGGAAAGGCGGAAAGGGCCGCGAAAGAGUAGGUCAAGACCAUCACCAUUUAGCGCGAAGUUAGAAACUUUAAGGGACAUGUUCACGGUUAAGCGAAUGCUCAUUAAUUAAAUUACGUUUUUCCAAUUUAUUAUUAAUUCUAUCGGUUAAUAGUCCCACUCACAUGUAUAUCAGCAAUCUCAGAGUGUACUUCAAAGUAGGAGUGUAUUUCAGAGUAACGUGAAGCAGGAUGGAGGAGUACUAAAAUCGCAGAAAAAGUCAGUGAAUUAUGCAAACACUACCAACGUUGAAUUUAUUGUUGACCCGAAGAUUCCAUGGUUGACUAAUUUACAGCUAUUUGCAAAUAUUUAAGUUGAUCAAGUGCAAGUGGCUGCCCGGGGAGAGUGCAGAUUGGUUCUUUGACAACAUUAUGACAUGAUCAUAUUGCUCGCAUAGACGAUACAGCAUGUCCCGGCAGAAAAACAGCUUUUCGAUAAAUGAGCAUGCGCCGAACCGUGAACCUGUCCCUUUAAGCUGCGUAGCAGACGCGGCUGCCAAAUUGUUUUGGUUUGUUUUUGUUUUGUUGCUCAGGUGCACUUUUAUAAAGACUUUUGUCUCAGUAUUUACAAAACUUAAUGGCAACCUUUUAGCUGUAUGUAUCGGCUUCGAAGAGAUCAUCGAUGAGGAUGACUUUCUUUUACUCUACGAUUUGAACACUUCCAAAAAUCUUGAUUUCUUUAUUACGAUGAUUAUUGCCGAUUCCGUUCGGCCUUGGCGAGAUGGAUGCUAUGAAGACUCACAAAUGACAUUAUAACAUAUAAUUCUGCACAAAAGUGCAUUUAAGUCGAUGUCGAUUCAUACAGGGUAAACACGAAGUUUAACUCACUAUGGCCACUUUGUCUAUUUGUCUCUCGAUCUCCAGCUUCGGUUUCCGCUAUGUUUUACAUGUAAGACUUUUACUCUACCCGGCUUUUUACAGUUGUAAAGUGAAAAUUAUAAGUCAAAUAUUUGCUAUUGACAUGCAAAACCAAUGGCUAAUAAACACUUGUCUCGCUAAAUUUGGAAAAUUCUUCGCAUUUAAAACGGCAAACCUUGAAGGACAAAGCUACCGUUAACUACCUUUCUCGCCGCCGCUAACUGAGGUCGAAGCGAGCUGAACAUCAAGCACAUAUGUUAAUUAGCUUAAUUGGACGAAAUUUUCUGGUUGUCCUCCUGCGUGCCGCCUUCAGUUGUUGCUUAAGGUCUUUGGUGUUCAAAACAAUGAAAUGGCGGCCAUGUUGGUGAAUAGAGAAAAAAAUACCGUGGGGAUUGAACUCUUUUCUUAUGUAAAAGCCUCCUUUUUCCCAAGAAAUUUGCAUACUUACUGACUACGUGAGCAAAAAAACAGUGUUUAUGGUUAAGAAUCCAAACCCCAUGCGCAUGCGUACUUCUUGCUUUUAUGAAUAUUUGAGUUCCCAAAAUUAUACUUCAUGAGGCAUAGUCGCAUAGAAGACUUUUCCGUCUUUCUAGCUGGUUUAAUAGUGGACGAAUGAAUACGUAAAUUUUUCUUUGUAACAACCUAUGAAAGCAUUUGUUUUUCUGUGCACAUAAAAAGAAUUUUGUAAUCAAUCACAAAUCAGUCUUCCGACCACUGUGUUUUAAAAGAAUUGGUUCGUGAACGCGUAUAUCAUGCGCAUAUCGAGUUAUCAUGUUUGUUAUCAUGUUCAAAUUUCAGCUUGGUUUUUAUUAUUUUUAUCUUCCUGUUGCACAAUGGGCGUGGCCCCUGAGUGGGUGCUAAGUGUAAAACUCUGGAAGAUAAAAUUUAUACCAACCUCGUCCCCAGGGCUUUUCCCUCAAAAAAUGGGUGGGGCGGGAAAAGGCCCUGGCAUCGGCUGGUCACGUGUCUCCUCGUACACCCUAAAAUCCUGGGUGUAAUAAAUUAGCGCCAUGUGAAAAGUUAAAAUUAUGCGUAACCUCACAUCGCGCGACCUUGGGCGACCUUUUAUAUCUCUUGAUUAACGAAAAGUUUUACAAGGUUUCCUUUUUGUCACAGAUACUGGCUAUGGUAAUUUUUUGCUUUCCUCCGAUUUCUAUGAAGGGGACAGCGAAUAACAUUUGUAAAACUUCUGUUCAUAGAGCGGUAUAAGUGACAAACAAGCUAUCGUACGUGCAUAAAGGUUGUACUGGAAAAGUCCGCUUUCUCGACUCUUCGUUUUAUUUCAUUUCUUGCGAAGUGGGCCGCCGUACAUAGCCUAGUUCGAUUCACGUUAACUCUCAGCCCUAUCAUAGCGACACGCGUUGGUUUAGACUUAUCCUGUAUGACCCGUAUUUUUAAAUGAAGUCAUUAAAUCUAAUCGAUCGGUCAAUCUUCUCUUUAAUGUAAGGAAAAUCCUUUGUACUUAUCCUCGGAAGAGAAAAGAUAUAAGAGUUCUUCAAAUGUUUCAGAUCGGCGACCUGUCAUCGUUCCUGGCUGAAGCCUGACUUGCAUCCGGCGCGGAGAUUUGUUUGUUUCAUGGUCGGGUUGUAGAGAAGACCAGACUUCAUAAAGCAUUUUGAUGAACAAUUCUAUUUCAGUUAAGUUCAAUUUGUUUAAAUUCACUGCAGAUCCUGGAGGCAAAGGCCCGCAUUUUUGUUUGACAUUUGACAAAAUCACUUUCCGCUUGACUGUAGAGUAAUUCCACAGUCACGAUGAAGUUUAGUUGAAGUACUAGUCGAUAACAGUGGGACAUAACGGCUUGUCUCAACGCUGAAGCAUUUGACAUAUUUUGUACGUGACAACGUAGAACCGGUAUGCCCUUUCAUAAACUUCUAGCAGUUGAAUAAUGCGCAAUUAAAUGGAUCUUAAGCUUUUGUUCGCACACACGCGAAAAUAUUGACAUAGUUUGCGAUGUUAUUAUUUUCCAUUGUUACUCCGUUCGACUUCUGUCAGCGCAAAACCAGCGGGUUGCAUAUAAAUUAGCUUCUCAGGAAUAAUUAGGCUGUACACGUGACCAGCCGAUGCCAGGGCCUUUUACCGCCCCACCCAUUUUUUGAGGGAAAAGUCCAGGGGACGAGGUUGAAUUUAUACUAAACAACAGAUAAAAUUGACCACAGAUUACUUCGAAAGUUUGCAGAGCACUUCAAGAUGGUAGAGUUGCCCUUUACCUCUAACGCGCCAACUUCCGCGUGUUAACUCCCGCAUGACUAACUCAAUAUUUGCUCGCUAAGCAUAAACAAAUUUUUAAUUAAUAAAAAUGACAUAAUGAGACUUUUUAUCAUUAUUACUUCAUCCUUUAUUGAUCCACUUAUUUAUAUUAUGUUCUUUAAUUUUGCCGAGUGAUAAUUUCCUUGGGCUCGACGCCGGCCUUUUAAAACUCUUACCCAUAGGCCAUUUACACGAUAACGUCAUGCUCAUCUACCAGUAUCCUUUAUUUGUUUCAAAGCUAUUGCAAAUGGUAUUGAGAUUAUUAUAGGUAAAAAAGGAAAAAAAAAGGGAGUGAUUCUUGUAGUUGUGGUCAGGUUACUCCAAAGAGCAAUAAAUGGUUAGCAGUUUGGUGUUAUUGACUCACGCUAUACCGUCUUUUUUCUCUUCAUGAGUUACGCACCAUUAGUGUCAUAGAUCAGUGAUUUUACGACAUUUUGACGCAUUUUGAAAAUACUUAAGCUUUAAAUGUUAAUACUUAUUGCACUAAUCCUAAGGUGAUCUGACUUUUAAUGGUUAGCUUCAACAAAUCAGUAAGACGGAAAAUUUUGUCGCUGUGAAAGACCUUUGUUCUGUCCGCUAGAGCUCUGCUAAAAGGUAAUGCGCUCUACCUCAGUCUGUUAGGGCACGGGAAGGGGGAGGGGCUAGGGGUGCCUCGACCACCCCUUCCCCCCAAACGUUUUUUGCGACAGAAACAAUAUAUACUGAUGGCUGCUUGUUAAGAAGCAUGAAACAAUGAGUAGCAAUAAAUUUUCAAGACCUAACCCAGUUCCAUCAACUAUUGAGUACUCUAUGACUUAUAGUCGAUGAGGACAUCACUCUGGCAUUUCGUUAUAACUUUCAUUGUAUAUUUCAUUUUCAAGUUCUUCACUAAAUAGUCUCUAAAACGUUUUUUGAUAUUAGACUUAGGAUCUGGAUGUCAGUCUUGCCCACAAUAAGGGAAUAAAAGGGUGGAUAGUUGAGAUAGUUUAAAUGAAAUGUAAGGUUUAGCACUGUGCGUCUUUCUAGUUUAAAUCCUAGCAUAAUUGCGCGCCUGUGCGCAAACCAGAAAACCAUGUAAAACUUCCUGAAGUGAAUCGGAGGGCUGAGAACCCGGAAACUGAGAGCGACUGUUCCUUGAACAGUGGAAAACACACUGCAUUUAGCUUUUCGACAUUGAUAUAAAUUCGGUCUUUGCUAGAAGGAAUCUGUUAAUAAUCGUACCCUUCUUAUAACAGUAACAUCUAUUUGCGAUGAACUGGCAUAGAAGACUUCCUCAGACAUUACCCCUCCCGGGGUUUCCCUACGCACUUGAAUCCAGCGUCCCCCGCACUUAAAAAACUGCUGCACGGGCCCUGAAUAACAACUUAUAUUUCUAGACUCAUUGUAACACCCUGAGAACUUCCCUGUUAUAGCGGUUCAAUACCAGCAGCCUAAGUACAUUCUCAAACAAAAUAAACGUCAGCAAAAAAGUGGUGAAAGUGGAAGUGGAAGAGGAAAUAUUGCUUGAUCUCUUUCCAUCUCUUUCCUGCAGCGUUCUCUCCUCCUGAUGAUUAGUUUUUAACACGUGAUUGUCUGGAUGUUCUUACUGUCUCCUGAAAACUUCUAACUACCCUAAUUUUACCAUUAUAGCUGAAAGCACCCUUUGAGUUACGAUUUUGUAAAAGGUGUGCAUGCGAAUAUUCAGGUACAUGCGGUACUUGGCUUUCAAAACUGAAUAUUGAUCUUAAAGGAACGUGUUAUAAGUGACUAUCAAUUCAUCAUCCUAUUUUUCCCUGACAACGUCAAAAAUAUUUCAAUUUAAGGUAUUUAUAAAUAGCCUUGUUUGUGUCUCUAUUAGCCAGUUGUGGUUUAAACUUCCCUCAAGCAUACAGUUCAGACAGUUAUAGUUUAUCCGACCCUAAACAAGCCAGAAACUGAGCUCUUCAGGACAUAAGGUACAGCAAGUAAAUUGCAGCCGUUAGUAUCCAUAUAAAGUUAAUGCGAGUAAUUACAUUUUACCAUAGUGAUCUUGAGUCCGCCAUAGACAAGUCCAACGUUUCAUGGUUUUCAUAAGUUUCAACUCCCAGAUACUUCAAAAGACUUCGGCAGAUAACAGUCGGAGGGCAUUUAAUCAUGUGUACAAUAGAUUUAGAUAAAUAGAUUUAUUUGGAGUUUGGGUGUAUUGUAUUUUGCUACUGCAACAUAAAGCUUGUAAAUUUAUGAUUCAACUUAAAUAACUGCAGAGUCACAGGGGACCUAUGCAACCGUGACCGUUUUCAGCGUCUUUUAACAUGAUUAACAGAAAAUAUAUGUAAUACCUAUACCUAGCUAGCAAUAUCGUGUAAUAGUUCGAUGAUUAUUCACUUAUGAUUAGUGAAAAUUAAAAUGACCUAACUUAAAUUGAACUGCGCGCUUUGUCUUCCUUUCGAGCGUAAAUGGCGAAUUUGGGUCCGCUAAUGUAAGACCACUCAAGUCACUCGAGAAUUCGUCGUCUACAUUUGAAACAUCGACAAGACAUGACACGCCAUUAAGAAAAGACCACGUUUCUUUUGGCAAUACAAGGUAAUAGUCAUCCUAACAUUCCACUACAUUAUAACAUUAUAAUAACCAAUCUAUAGGGUAAAUCAGUACAUUUUUAUACAUUUCCUGGUAAAAGAUCACGAUUACACAGCUUUCAUAGGCUGUUCGUUGAUAAAUGCAAAAAAACAAUAACAACCCGAUGAAUAUCGAAAAAACGAUAGAAGUUUUCUAAAAGACAAAGUUGACGGAUGAAACGGUGAUCCCAUACGUACCCUAAAAGCUCGAUGGGAGCGGUCAGGAAGCAAGAUGGAAGCGAGAAGUAAUAGAGGGAUGGACUUAAGACUUGUUGUUGUCUUCCCCUGUCUUCCCUUGAUUAAUAUGCAUAACUGUCUUCCUCCGUAUCUAAUGGGGGUCUUCCUGCAUACUAAUGAGGGUAUUCCUGCAUACUAAUAACUGUCUUCCUGCAUACUAAUAACUGUCUUCCUGCAUAUUAAUUAUGUGACUAGUCAGUGUCUUCCUCCAUACUAGUGACGGUCUUCCUGCAAACUAAUAACUGUCUUCUUCCAUACUAAUAACUGCCUUCCUCCAUAUAUAAUUAAGUGGUUGGUCGUUUCUUUUCAUAUUGAAGAUCACAAUAGAAACAAUAGGGUUGGCUAGACUUGCCCUGUCUCUUUUAACCCUGAUUGGCUCAUGUAGAAUCUAUUAUGUGUUCAAAAUAAAAGCGGGUAGAUUUCGAAUCCGCUCUCUUUCUUGCGAUCUUUCUAAGGAAAAAAAGUCUUACUAUCACCAAUAUUCUUUAAAACAUUGCUCCAAACAUGCAAGUCGAAUCAAGCGCUACACCUCUGUUGACGAUUGAUGAAGUAGAGAAAGUCCAGCGUCAAAGGACAGCCAGUUUUGUUGGACAUGCGUGAUUCCAACUGACUUAUGCGGCUAUGGUUGACAAACUCUUUCAACAAACAAUUUAUUUGAGUUCGCUAGCCUAUAACUAAAAAACCGGUUUAAAAAAAAAAAAAGAACGUAGGCGCAAAAUGGAGGUCAAACUCUUUAUUUCAAUCUUGAUUGCCUAUUACAAAAACAGUGUUCUCUCUAUGAAUUGACUAUGUCUUGAUAUCUUCAUUGUUACACGCUCCGUUAACCAGUAGUAAUUUGCAUCUGACCAGUAUUCACUCUCUCAUACCUCUUUUGUGUUCUCAUAAAUUGAAAAAUUAAUGCUGAACUCUUCUAACAAAGAGAUAAGGUACCGUUUAUCACACAAUUGUUAGAUCUAUUGAAGAAUAAAUAUUGAAAAAAUAAAUAUUCCACUGUAAAGUGCAUCGACAACCGUUUGAUGAUUUGGUUAUUGGUCUAUCGAACAUUCGUUUGGUUCUUUUCUAGGAAAGAUCUUACACUGGGAUCGUCUUUGUGCAAAUAAAUCCAUUUCGAUCUUCCAUUGCAAUAGUUUACUAUUUUCACAGGCCAGUAAUUUCCGCACGAUUAUGAUGGAGGAUACAGAUCAUAAAGAUGCCUGGCAACGCGUUACAUUUUCGAGACCCUAAAGUCUUUUGGUUGGCAUCGGGGCGCUCGUUGCAUAUAAUUUUGUUCAACGGGAUAGGCUGUUUUAGACCAAACUGAAUCAAAAGGAAAUGACCGUGACUUUCUUGCAAUUUGCGGGGAAGACUUGACUACAGGAGGCUACUGAUGACCUAGCUUCGUAAGCAAUGUUUUCCUUGUUAUUGGUCGUUUUGACUGACUGUUUCGUCUGAUUUCGGGAAGCUGUUAAUAGUCGGAUAUCGACGACAAGAGCCGAAAAUGUCACUCAAUACUUGCUUAUCACUCGGUGUGUCUGGUCGAUUAUCAACGAAGAUAUAACCAAACGCUCUUUCUGUUUCUUGAAAAUAAGCUGACAUGACUCGCGGGCGAUUUUUGUCAAACAUGUGUUCGGCAAUGAUAUCGAUUUGUUUUCGAUUGCUAGGACUUCGGAAAAGAGCCAUGUACUGAGCAUUUGGCUGAUGUCCGUGUUAAAUUUUCUCUUUGGAAACAUAUUUUGUGGCAGAAGUAUCACAUUAGCAUUUCUAUGUCGGCCUUGAGUAAACAGAAGGGAAAAGAGAGAACUAUCUGUUGCUUGGGCCAUAAGAUCAUCAAACACUAACACAUUGUUAAACUUUGGGUCAACUUCCCGAAGGUCUUCUUUAAACUCCGGAAGGCCACGAAUAAACUGAAUUUCCUUUCCGAUAGAUGACUGUAUCACUUUGUAGCUAUCCUGCCACUGACUGUAGUACCGCCAUAUAUAUUCGCCUCGGUUUCUUGCUCUCGUAAAGAAUACGAUCCGUUCUGAGAAUGUUUUCAACCCCCUUGUUUUACCACACUGGGUGGGGCCCACCACGAGAAGUGAAGAUUUAUGUCAACACAUAAAUUCUGGAUAUGCUUUUAUUCCAGGAAAACAGUGUUAGACAAUUUAGGCCUCUUGACUAUACAAUGCUGAGGGUUUUUCGUUUCUUUGACAGCUGCAGUAGACACUCCUUGUGUUAUACCCAGAUUUCUCUUAGAUUCCGAAAAUACUGCUGCUUUUAACCAUCGCUUUCUUUUGUGGCUCGUUAAUCGAUGCACUUGACGCUGGUGAUCACCCAAGAGAGUUACUCUGGCUUGCCACAUACCGGGCAAUCUCUCUUGAAUUUAUACGGCACUUUUACCGCAUAAGUUAUUUUCCUGUUUAUAUAGCCUCGCUAAUCAAAUUUGAUGUCAUCACUAGUUCUAAUCCAAUUCUUGUCAAUCGUGAUGUAAUAUUAGGGCGAUGUAGGGUCGAUGUAGGGUUGAUGUGGGGUCGAUGUCGGGUCGACGCCUAGGCGAUGUGAGGUUCAUGAGGGGUCGAUGUGGGGUUGAUGUAGGGUAGAUGUGGGGUCGAUGUAAGAUCGAUUAUUAUUUAUGAAGGAAAACGCUUAGUAACCCCGCCUUCACCAAUAUUCUUUAAAAGAGGUACGAGAUUAGUUUCUUAUCAGAACGCGUGCGUGUGGAACAGUAGCCAUCAUUACAACCUUUUUCAACAAGGUUCUGGAAAUUAUGAAUACAGCGAAGAAAGCGAUUUCUCCCAAGAAAACGAAGUCUUACAAGCCAGCUGAGGAACGGAGUCUUCCCAAGAAGAAACUGAAAGCUUAGAGCCUUGGUCGCGCAUUUUUGAUGAAGCCGAGAAACGCCAUGAGACCCAGUUCAAAGCAUUAAUCAAUGAGUACGAAGGGAACGGAGAGUCAGAAAAUGUUGCCCGCGUGAAAACCAAGAACGCUCUCGUUCCUGUUUUCAGAAAAGAGCAAACAAAAGUACUCUUAGAGAAUCUACAGUGGAUGCGUGCAAUGUAAAAAGACCCCACCUUCAAAAAAGUGAUGGAAACCCAAAAAGAGCUUAAAGAUUCAGAAGGAUUUGAUUGGCUAGAAUCGACAGAACUUGCCACCGAUAACCGAAUUUAUUCCACAAGAUUAAGACUAGACCUACUACGAAUGUUACAGAAUUUUUUAUUUCCUGGACCUUUGUCAGUAUUGUUGCGUUUCAAUAAAACUGUAAACAACCAAACUUUAAGCGUGUUUUAUUCCAAACAAACUUAUUUCAUUUAUUUAAAACAAACAGGGAGACUUAGGGUUCCUUAUAUUGUUAAGCAUAGCAAUACAUUUUGAUCUGGGUGCAUCUUGCACAAACCCUCUAGAAUAAGAAAGCAACUUUCUAUCGUUUUCAAUCUCUUCACGUUCUUCAGGGGUGAUGACAUAACGUUGAAUAGGGAAGGAGUUUGCCUUCAAUGUGUCUUUCAUACAAAGCCUUCAACACACGGUAACUUUCGGGAAGAUGCCUGUCUUCCUGUGCGUAGAAGACCCGCAUUAGAUAUGGAGGAAGACAGCUAUGCAUAUUAAUAAACGGAAAACAGGGGAAGACAACAACAAGGCUUAAUUUUAUCCCUUUAUGACUAUUGAAGCGUUUUUUUAUUUAGCGUCGACAUCUCUUAAUUGUUGUCUUUUUUCGUCGUGGUUUUUUCAUUUUUAGACAAGAUCUUGUUAUCGAAAAUUGAACCUAUCGAAAACUCGCUGAACUUUAAUGACGACGUGUUCAAGAAGUUGCUAAGUAGAGUGGAGACGCUCGAGAAGACAGUGAAAGCUCUUCAACUAUAAAAUCAAGCUCUGAAGUCUCAAAUUAAAUCUGUUAAUACUAAGGAGAAAGAGAAUUCAGCUUUGUGCUACUCCCAGUUACAUCAACUGAAGUAGAGGAUGUGAUUACUGACCUACAUUCAUCUAAAGCUUCCUGUCAUUAUAGCAUCCCUAUGUGAUUGCUAAAGCUCAUUAAACCUGCAUAUCAUUUCCUUUACAAUUAAUUUCUAACCUCUCCUUUAGUAGUGGCUGUGUGCCAGAUCAUUUUAAGCUAGCUAACGUUAUUCCUAUCCACAAGAGGGACUCUGUGAUUUGCAUGAACAACUAUCGACCCGUCUCUCUGCUUUCUAGUUUCAACAAAAUAUUGGAAAAACUUGUGCAUAAGAGACUUGUUAAUUUUAUUGAUAAAUACAACAUUUUGUAUGUCAACCAGUUUGGCUUUAGAGAACAACACUCUACAAUGCAUACAACUCUUCUAAUUACAGAUAAGAACCAGAGAGCUAUAGAAUAUGGCCUAUUCUCAUGCGGAAUCUUCAUUGAUUUGUCAAAAGCCUUUGAUACUGCUGUCCAUAGCAUAUUAAUUAGAAAACUAAGUCAUUAUGGGAUCCGUGGAAUUGUAAAUGACUGGUUUACUUCCUAUUUGCACAAUAGGAGGAAACAUGUUUCUAUUGGUAGCACUAAGUCUGAUGACAUUGUUAUUACUAAUGGAGGUCCGCAGGGAUCGGUGCUAGGUCCCCUCCUAUUUCUCUUGUAUAUUAAUGACUUAUAAUAAGUAACUGCAGCGAAUUAUUUGACUUUCGCAUUUUUGUAGAUGAUGCUAAUUUAUUUUAUUCCAAUCGUAGUCUAACUGAACUAGAGGAUGUUAUUAAUAAUAAUCUUUGGCUUAUGGCAAACAAGCUCUCAUUAAAAGUCGACAAGACAUAUUCCAUUAUUUUUCACCCCCUCAAAAGUCAACAAGUCACGUAGUCAAAUUAUUAAUCCCCAAUAGGGAGAUUAAACAAGAAAAAUAAAUUAAAUAUUUAGGAUUACAUAUUGACUCACACCUUAGUUGGAAAUUCCACGUUUUGCAUAUUUAAAAAAAAAAAUUAAGCGCUGUAUUAGAAGACUUCCUAAAAUUAGGGACUUUGUUAGCCAACAGGUCCUUAUUCAGUCAUACUACACACUUAUUUAUCCUUCUUUUUACUUACAGCUUAAUUACCUGGGGAAAUACAUAUCCACCUUCUCUACAGCCUCUUAUCACUUUACUGAAAAAAAUCAAAUAGAGUUAUAACCUUUUCUGAUUUAAUUCUCAUUCUAGUCCUCGACACACCUGAACAUGUCCUUUACUUUAACAUAAGAUUGGCUAAGACUGGAUUCGGCGACUGACUUGUGGUGAAAAGAUUCUAUGAGAUUCUAUUCUCUCAGGUGAUAAGUUUGACGCAUGGCACUGACGCGACCUAAUUUUCUUCAUGUUCCUUAUAUUCCUGUAGAUGGCCUUUCGAACAGUGUUUUUGGCUGCCAAUCUACCUUUACUCUUCGGCUCCUUGCAUUGGAGGGGAAACGUUCCAGGCGACGGCAACGAGUUCAACAGAGGUCUCAAACUUUUAGGAUUAAAGCCAGGGCCACUGGGCUACUUCAACUCUGGCUACAUGGCCUUCACUCGAGCAGAGGCAGAUAAAUUUCCCAAUCUGGUGUCUUACCGUUCGAAGAUGACAAGAAUAAAAAACAACAUCACUUCGGCAUCAAUUGCUCCCGUGCGAUCUAAAACGAGUACAUUCAAGGAGAGCAAAUCCUUCCCGUUUACAACGCUUUCAGGUUCUUGUGAAUCUACCACAGGAGGGUUUGAGAGGCUUUGUUCAGUUUGUCCGGCCAUAACUGAUCUGGGACCAGACAAGAUUCCCCGCUAUAUUAACGAAGUAGUGUGUGGACAAGACACCACCUGUGGGGUAGGAGGCAGCGUGUUAGGCCUGUGCCAAAACUCUACUGUGACUCAGUCUUUCUUAAUGAAAGUUGGAUCAAGUUGGGAGGUUUAUUCGCAGGAAAUAAAAGUGUGCUGCGAAUGUGCACUGUUCUUUUCAUGA